GCCCGGGUGUGUUUUAGUGACUCACUGGUCCAGAAUAAAGACCCAGAAGAGAGCUAAGCUUGUGUUCUAAUCUAUUGCUUUGCACAUGCAGUCAAAACUCAUCAUGAAGUCCCAGUGGACAUUUUUGCUCCUGCAUUCUUGUUUAUUGCUGGCCAUUGGCUUAGAUUUGGAAGUUAAAUAUCAUCCUGAAACAGAUGCAGUCAACUACAGGGAUCCAUGCAAGGCAGUGGCAUUUGUGGGAGACAUUGCUCUGGACAAGGACGACCUGCGCUUCUUCAGACGAGACUGGAAUGUGAAAGACCUUCCACACACCAUCUCACACUCUAAUAACACUGACACAGCCAACAGAAAUGGAGAAAUGGACGCCACAUCCAACAGGAGCCGACGGAGCAGUGAAUUUUGGGACAGUGUGAAGAUUUCUCGUAGGAAGAGAGCUGCUACUGCCAAGACUGAGAGAAUUUGGCCUGAUGGUGUCAUUCCUUACAUCAUCAGUGCCAAUUUCAGUGGCAGUCAGAGAGCCAUCUUUAAACAGGCCAUGCGGCAUUGGGAGCGACAUGUCUGUGUAACGUUCGUAGAAAGAACGGCUGAGGAAAGCUACAUCAUCUUCACCUACCGGCCAUGUGGAUGUUGUUCUUAUGUGGGUCGGCGGGGUGAUGGACCCCAGGCUAUCUCCAUUGGCAAAAACUGCGAUAAAUUCGGCAUUGUAGUUCACGAGCUGGGUCAUGUGAUUGGCUUCUGGCAUGAACACACCCGGCCAGACCGAGACACACACGUCAGCAUUAUAAGAGAGAACAUACAGCCAGGCCAGGAGUAUAAUUUCCUGAAGAUGGAGCCGGAUGAGGUGAACUCAUUAGGAGAGACGUAUGACUUCGACAGCAUCAUGCACUACUCCACAAACACAUUCUCUAGAAGCAUCCUUCUUGAUACAAUUCUGCCUCGGUAUGAUGUGAAUGGAAUCAGACCCUCUAUUGGUCAGAGGAUGAGACUGAGCAAAGGAGACAUCACUCAAGCACAGAAGCUCUACAAGUGUCCUAAGUGUGGCGAGAGUCUGCAAGAUAGCUCUGGAAAUUUCUCUUCUCCUGGAUUCCCUAAUGGAUAUGCUGCAUACACACACUGUGUAUGGAGUAUCUCUGUUACACCUGGAGAAAAGAUAAUCCUUAACUUCACCUCCAUGGAGCUCUACCAAAGUCAUCUUUGCUGGUAUGAUUACGUGGAGGUGCGAGAUGGAUACUGGAGGAAAUCUCCUUUAAUAGGCCGUUUUUGUGGAGAUCAGGUUCCAGAGUCUCUCGUUUCCACUAACAGUCGUUUGUGGAUUGAGUUUCGCAGCAGCAGUAACUGGGUCGGAAAAGGAUUCUCCGCCAUGUAUGAAGCAAUGUGUGGUGGGGAAAUGGAAACUGACAGCGGACAGAUUCAGUCACCUAACUACCCUGACGACUAUCAGCCCAGUAAAGUUUGUGUGUGGAAGGUGACAGUGACUGAAGGGUUUCACGUGGCACUUUGCUUCCAGGCAUUUGAAUUGGAGAGACAUGACAGGUGUGCAUAUGAUUACGUGGAGGUGCGUGAUGGUAGCUCGGAGAGUGACCCACUCCUUGGACGAUUCUGUGGCACCCAAAAUCCCCAAGACAUCAAAAGCAGCUCCAACCAACUCUGGAUGAAGUUUGUAUCAGAUGGUUCUGUUAAUAGAGGUGGAUUUGCUGCAAACUUCUUUAAAGAGGUGGAUGAAUGUUCCAGGCCUGAUAAAGGUCAGUGCAUUCAGAGGUGUAUUAAUACGCUGGGUAGUUAUCGAUGUGCAUGUGACCCCGGAUACGAACUUGCCACCGACCAACGCAGCUGUGAGGCAGCUGCGUGUGGAGGUUUCCUCACCGCAUUAAAUGGCUCUGUGUUCAGUCCCGGCUGGCCUCAUGAAUACCCGCCUAAUAAACACUGUGUGUGGCAGCUCAUCGCUCCUCAACACUACACCAUCACACUGCUGUUCCACAGCUUUGACACAGAGGGCAACGAUGUGUGUAAAUAUGAUUAUGUGGAGGUUCGCAGUGACUCCAGGCUUCAUGGGAGAUUCUGCGGAGCUGCAACUCCAGAGCCAAUCACCUCCGACUCCAACAUCCUGCACGUGGAGUUUAAAUCCGACAGCACUGUGUCCCGCAGGGGUUUCACAGCGACCUUCUUCUCUGAUGUGGAUGAGUGCUCCCAGGAGAAUGGCGGGUGCCAGCACGAGUGUGUGAACACAUUUGGGAGUUACAGCUGUCAGUGCCACAGUGGAUUCACCUUACACACCAACAUGCAUGACUGCAAGGAAGCCGGUUGUGACCAGGUGAUCACCAGCAUGCCUGUAUCCAUUAUGAGCCCCAAUUGGCCAGAUAAAUAUCCCAAUAAGAAGGUGUGCACUUGGGCCCUAACCACUACACCAGGCCACCGAAUCAAACUGGCCUUUAAUGAGAUCGAUAUGGAAAGCCAUCUUGAAUGUUCCUACGAUCAUCUGGAUGUUUAUAACGGCCCCAGUGAUGCAUCACCCAGUUUGGGACGUUUUUGCGGAAGCAAAAAACCACCACCUGUUAUUUCCAGCACCAACAAGAUGUUUCUGCAAUUUUUCUCUGAUAACUCGGUGCAGAAACGAGGCUUUGAGGCAUCUUUUACAACAGAGUGUGGUGGAGCUCUGAAGGCUGAGGUGGAGCCUGGAGAUCUGUACUCUCACGCUCAGUUUGGUGACAAUAACUACAGUGCAGCUGAGGAAUGUGAGUGGGUAAUUUCAGCUGAGAAAGGAUUUGGAAUUAAGCUCAUCUUCAACAUCUUCGAUUUGGAGGAUGAAGCAGAGUGCACAUACGAUUAUAUGGAGCUAUUUGAUGGAACUGAUACUAAAGCACCAUGCCUUGGGCGAUACUGUGGAUCAGGGCCUCCAGAUGAAAUUUACUCAGCUGGGGAUGCCAUCACCAUCAAAUUCCAUACAGAUGAUACAAUCAGUAGAAAAGGAUUUCACGUCCAGUACACCAGCACCAAAUUUCAAGACACAUUUCACACCAGUAAGUGACUCAGUGUACUGUGUCAUGUUGUUCAGUGUCUCAAACAGACUUUCUGACACUGUGUGACACAAUGUUAUCUAUAGAUAUAGACAAAAGGAUGACGCAGAGCUAAAAACUGUCAUAUUGUCCAUCUUGUUCUCUCUCAGCACAUAGUUUAGUAUCACUCAACACCAAUAUCAGACUCAGGUAGCAGAUGGAUGCUAAUAUACAGUAUUUUGAUAAUUUGGUUUGUAUAGUAAAAGUGAUACACAAGUAUCACAUUAAGUAUUCAUAAUUUAAAAUGGAUUCAUUUUGCUGUUGAACAGUUAUGGUACCUGAGCCAAACAAUGUCUUUUUGAGUGUCACAUGUGGUGAUUUACUCAUGCAGAUGACAUGCUGCUAAACUGGAGGCUAUAAGCUUUCCUUGCUUGUUAGCUUUAUUAGCCUUGUAGCUCCAGUGCAAACCUGAAAAAGCUAAUUUCAGGCACCAGACAUGUCUUGGUUAAUCAAUAACAUUUAGGGUAAUCAAUAACAUUUAGGCAAAGCCUCUAUUGCCCCAGUACUUAUUUUAUUCAUUUAUUUAUGUACCUUUUGGUUCUCCUAGAGAGACUUAUAGCAAAGUUUUAUGAUUGAAAUGGAAAAAGGUUUGGAACUGCAGUGAAUUCAAAGGAUUAAUAAACAUUUCCAGAAUGGUGUCUGUCUUUCUUAUUUCUU